GGCUAUUAUUAUUAUUGUUGUUGUUAUUAUUAUUAUUAUCGUUGCUGUUAUUCCUCUUCAUCAGCUCGAUAUAUCCAAAAGUGGGCAUCGACAGAUAGCGCAUUGGGUCGAUAUACUGGACAGAGCACAAAGAAAUGUAUUGAUGCAGGGCAUACGAUCUCUGACAGUGUGUUCUGCGGAUUCUCACUUGUCUGCUCAGUGUCGCAAUGCCUCCUAAUCCUCUAUCUGGUGAAGCGCGACGGCUGGGUCUUUAGCAUGUUCCUGCAGCUCUCGCUUGCCAUGGCAGCUGUGGUAACUGUGAACCGCAGCAUCAGCUUCCUCGACAUCUUCUUCGCACACUUGCCUGCAAGCAUCCAGACGAACCAGGUGUUUGUCAGGGUAAUGUACGGGUUCCUGGACAUUUCGUUUCUCCCAUUUGCGUAUUUCUUCCUAAUAACGGCGUUCUCGAUUGACCUCUUGCUAAACUUUGCGCUGCACUACCGGUCGGCGCGGCAUCUGCACAAGUGGUAUAUUCCGGCAUCACUGGGCAUGGCGUUUGUGGUGGCCAUGCCGAUACUGGCAUGGGACGGCAAGCUCGGCGCCUCGAAUCUGUAUAUUGUUGAGGGGAAUUGGGCGCAGCAGCAUUACCAUAUUAUCACGCUGACCAUGGUGAUCAUAAUAUGCUCCAUUGCGUCUUUGGCGCUGGUGGGCGCCGGGUUCUGGAGAACAAUCCGCGAAUGGCGCAUACUGAAACGCGAAAUCGACACUCUGGUCUUGCCAAUCUCGGAUAGCAGCGCAGUCGCUGGCAGGCGCGGCCUCCUCGGGAGCUUCGCGGCGCUACCCAUGGACGACACCAGCCACGGCGACGCGGCAGCAACCAGCUCCCGUGCAGCCCCGACUCUCUCGACCGCCUGCAUCGGGCAGAUCCUUGUGUACGCGUAUCCGGGGCAGAAAUGGGCAAUGUCAACGCGCGACUUCUCCAACGACAGCGUCGGCGUACUAUUGCUGAUUGUGUUUGUUGCGAACCCGGCCUUUGUACAGUCCAAGCUAAGGCGGCAGCACGCGGGCGCAGCAAGCAUCGGGUCAUGUUAA